AAGAAGAUAGUCAGCGAACAUGCAAAGCAGUACGAGCCACAGGACCCAUACUACUAUGAAGUGAUAGACCCAAUCACCAACAAAGUCAAGCGCCGCAAGCGCCCGCCCCCGCCUGGCUUGACCAAGAAACAGGCCAAGUUGCUGCGCAAGAUCGCGCGGCGCGCGCACUACCUCGACAAAGGGUUUUACAUCUGCGGUCUUAGGUUCGGUUGGACAUUCAUCCUAGGCUUAGUGCCAGGUGUCGGCGAUGUCGCGGACGCGGUGCUCAACUACUCGCUCGUCGUCAAGCCUCUGCGCAAGCAAGACGAGAUCCCUGACUGGCUCAUCACGAACAUGCUAAUCAAUAAUGCCGUCUCCGCCGGCAUCGGUAUCAUCCCUCUCGUUGGCGAUGUGAUGCUCGCGGUAUGGAAGGCCAACUCGCGCAACGCCAAGCUGCUCGAGGAGUAUUACCGCGUGCUCGGCGAGGAGCAGAUGAACAAGGGCCUGCCAGACCUCACGCCGAACCUCGAUGUCACGCACCCGGCGCAGAGCAGGGCGAGGGAGCUGGUCUAUGACAGCAACGUUGGUGCCGGCACGGGUGCGGGU